UACAACCAUCCCUCUUCUCCCCUACGUGUGAUACUCGUUCAUAUUUUUUCGUUGACGAUUUUAUAAAACUGGUAAUUCGAGCCCGCCAUAUAUGAUAGGUUAUCCUAUCUCACCAUUAACACAGAAUUCUAUUCAUAUUAAUAAUCAAGAAGUCGUACGCCAACGAGUUGACUUCGUCAGGUGCAUAGCCUACAGCACAUUCAGUUCAGUCGGCAAGCCAGCGAAAGCACAACGGCGAGAAAAGAGAACCACCCAGAAGAUUAAGAGUGUUUUAAUACGGCACAGAUGGCAAAGGCAGACCAGCGCUUUGGGCAGAGGGAUGGCUCGGACCAGAACUUUGACUACAUGUUCAAGCUCCUCAUCAUUGGCAACAGCAGCGUGGGCAAGACUAGCUUUCUGUUCCGCUAUGCGGACGACUCUUUCAGCAACUCUUUUGUUAGCACGGUGGGCAUCGACUUUAAAGUCAAGACUGUCUACAGGAACGAUAAACGGGUCAAGCUUCAGAUAUGGGACACGGCGGGGCAGGAGAGGUAUCGCACCAUCACCACCGCUUACUACCGAGGAGCCAUGGGCUUCAUCCUCAUGUACGACAUCACCAAUGAGGACUCCUUCAAUGCCGUGCAGGACUGGGCUACUCAGAUAAAAACCUACUCGUGGGAUAAUGCCCAGGUCAUCAUGGUGGGCAACAAGUGUGACAUGGACGAGGAAAGGGUGGUGCUCCCAGAGAAGGGGAGGCAUCUGGCGGACCAAUUAGGAUUUGAGUACUACGAGGCCAGCGCCAAGGAGAACAUUAAUGUCCGUCAGGUGUUUGAGCGGCUGGUCGACAUGAUCUGUGUCAAGAUGUCAGAGAGAGUGGACCUGGAGCCUCCCAUGGCCCCCGGCAUCAAGACCACCAGACUCACCGACAAGCCCCCCCAACUACCUCAGAAGUGCACUUGUGCCUGACUCAUUGGGCCAAACCAAGCCAAACCAUGCCGAGCCGUACCGAGCUGGCCUAGUUGCUGCUGGAACUGUGCUGGACAGGACAGUGUGAUAAGAAAAUAUCUGAGCCAGCACAGUGCGGUUUGAGCUCCCCCUCCAGUGUGAAUUAGGCACUAGAUUAUUUUUUUUUGAGCCGCUAACUUCUCCCAUACCACACUUAAUUAUCCCUGCUGUUAUUCUCCUACUGUUCCACAAACCUCUCUCCAAAGGUUGCUCUCUAAACCUGGGGUUCCCGAACUUCAUGGUGUCAGGGACCCUUUUUGAUGAGCAAAUUCGUCAGGGACACUGCAGUAGUUAACCUGAAUAAGUUAGAACCAUGUAGUCUGUAGUGCAUGGCUGUGCGAAGUCGUGGGAAUAAUGUUUAAAAUGUUGCUGUUUUAAAGCUAAUUUUAUGCAAUUCUGUGUUGCAAUAGACAGAACCCUUUACAGUUUUAGAAUUCAAGUUAAUUCAAAACAAUAUUUUGGGGGCAUGCAAAUAUUGAAUUGGCGGAGUACUGUUUAUAUACCAAUAUUCUUAUGAAACUCACAGGCUCCGCGUUGCCAAUGCAUACCAUAUAGAUGAAGAAUAUCAUAAUCUAGUACUGUUUUACAAUCUGCGAACCUAUUUCACUACUCCCUUGACAAACUCAGUUUAAUCUGUUAAUGUAAUAUAUGAAUAUAUUAAAAAAUAUAAUAAUACUGUAUACAGUAUUUGUACCUAAGUCACUCUGGAUGAAAGCAUCUGUUAAAUGAAAAUGUAAAAAAAGAAUAGAAAAUGUUUUAAGAAAAAACACUGCCUGUGAACCCCUGCAGUGCCUCCCCAGUUUAGGGAAUUCCUGCUUUAUACAAUCCAAGUCAUGAUGACCCACUACCAAUAAACACUAUUUAUUCUAACUACUACUACACUAGGCAACCGCUACCAGUGCUUGACCUGGACUUAAGAACAUGCCAGUACUCAAUUUGGUGCUGGGACUGUGCCCUGUAUUUAGGUGCAGAAGCUCUGCAAUAUCAAUAGAAAAAGUGAGGUGCCAGUACUCAGAUCCUUUCUAGCACUGGCCACUAAUACUACCACUAUAACAUUCUGUUUCACCCUCAUAGCUUUGACCUCCAGCUGGUUUAGAGGUCAUGGAACCUUUAGCAGGUUAUUCAGAUAAGCACAACACUGCCUCCCUACUCUAAGAUGUGGUUUGACCACUGCACAAAGAAACAGAUCUCCACAGCCAUUUACACAGGUGAGGAGGUAAGCCGUGAUUGCGCCAUAAUCUUAAAGUUCAGAAUUGUUUUGACUAGAAUGCUCAACCAUCCCGCUGUUUUACAGUCUUAACACUAAAGCAAAAAGACAAACUAACCUAAUAUGCCACCUAGAUUUUUCAAUAAUUGAACAAUACACAGUGUAUCUGUCUCUUGAAGGGUUAAUAACAAUAGCACAGGGAUAGAAACAGCAAGAUGUCCUGUACGUCCUGCACCACCAAAACUAAGCCAAUGCCAUUUUCAGGGUGUUCCGACGUUCUGUGGUACUUAACGGAAUAAAAAUGUGAAUUGAAAGCCCACUCUUUUUCCUUCAGCUAAUAUAAUCUUGUAGUUGCUGUCUUGCAAUGUUAACAGUGUUAAUUCAUGGAUGUGUGUUUAGAGAACCAAGCAUUUUAUUGUUGUGUACAUGAUAUAACUGAGUGGUAGGUUGCAUUUGUGUAUCUUGUAUUUUGGACAGAUGUGUAAUCUUCUAUUGUGUACGACAUUACGGUGUGUUCAGUCAUUGAGGCUUCACUUGUGCGAUGUAUCUCAUGGACAGACGUGUGGUCUUUUAAUCAUUUUAUGUCAAUCCAACUUCAGAAUACUUGUGAAAUGAGAAAAAAACUAUAGAAAAUAUAGAAAACAUGUUGUGCUAAAAACAAAUAAUAUUGUCUAAUGACAAAAUGUGAAACAUACUUCAAACUUUAUGUAUCGCAAAGUAGCACGUUUUUAGUGUAACUUCCCCACUGUGUAGGCCUAUUUAAUUUUUUAUUUUUUAUUGAAAUGUUAGAUUUACAAUAACGCUGACAAUGUAUUCAUAUAAUUAUUUUAUAAGUGAAUAUGUAAAUGAUAGAAUAAUCUAUAAUGGUGUUUGCUGAAUUAAUUUAUAUGCUGAUCAUUGGUAGUAAUAUAGACAAUGUAUGUAGUCAUAAACUGGUGACAGUAAACUUCUUGUCUAAUGAAAAGCACAAAGUGAUUUACAAAAGGUUGUAUAUGUUUGUAUAUUAUAGAUGCAAUUUAGUAUAUUAAAAAACCCAAAUCUUU